AUGCACGUCUAUGCCGAUGCGGCGCUCUCGAUUGGCAUCUUUGUGCUUCCGGCGGGCGCGUCGAUCCCGUUGCACGACCACCCGGGAAUGAGCGUCCUCUCUCAGCUGCUGUAUGGCUCGCUUCACGUCACCUCGCAGACGGGCGAGAGGCGGAUGCGGUGCGCGCCGCCGACGGAGCGCGUGGUCCGCGCGCCGGCGCCGCCGCUGCGCCUCGACCCGCUCCGCGGCAACAUCCACGAGUUUGAUACCGCCGUCUUUGACGUGCUCACGCCGCCGUACAACGACUUUGCCGGCCGCUCGUGCCAUUACUACUCCGCCGCGGCGCAGGAGGACAACGCCGUCGAGCUGCGCGAGGUGCCGUGGCCGAGCGGUCUCGUCAUCGCCUCGGCGCCGUACCGGGGGCCGCCCUGCGGGCCGGAGGUCUCGUCGUAUUAG